ACAUAAAGCCAUCAUUUAAUGCACUGAGUCUCAGAAAUAUACUUGAGAAUAUCUUACUAUAUACUUGGAUUUAAUGAGAUUAAAUGAUGACUGAACUAGAAUUAUCAAAUUUAGUAACAAUUAAAUGCAAACAACAAGUGGUACGAGCAGUGCGCUUUAACAUUGAUGGUUCUUACUGUUUAACCUGUGGAGCUGACAAGAAAAUAAAACUAUGGAAUCCACAUCGUCAAUUACUUUUAAAAACUUACGGAGGACAUGCGAAUGAGGUUUUAGAUGCAGCAGGUUCAUGUGAUAGCAGUCAUAUCGUCUCUUGCAGUGCUGAUAAGUCUGUUAUACUAUGGGACGUGGCUACUGGCCAGCCUGUACGCAGAUAUCGUGGCCAUGCUAGCACGGUAACAUGUGUAAAGUUUAAUGAAGAGUCAACCAUGGCUGUUUCUGGAUCCGUAGAUAAUACCGUUGCCUUUUGGGAUGUUGUUAGCAGAAGGCAAGAACCUGUUCAAGUGUUAAAAGAUGCUAAAGACACAAUAACAUCUAUACAAGUUACAAAUAAUGAAAUUUUAACAUGUUCCAUAGAUUGUCACGUCCGUUUGUAUGAUAUACGUGUUGGUAAGAUGAUUUCGGAUUAUAUUGGAAAAAUGGUUACUUUUGGAAGUAUAACACAUGAUGGACAAUGCUAUGUGUUAAGUUGUGCGGAUAGUACAAUUAUGUUGUUUGACAAAGAUUCUGGAGAACUGUUGAAUACUUUCUCCGGUCAUGAGAGUAGAGAUUACCUUUUAGAAAAUGCUAUUAAUGAGAAAGACAGUUUAAUAAUAUCAGGGUCAGCAAGUGGAGAGAUAUUAUACUACGACUUAAUAAGUAGUAAAUGUGUGAAGAAAUUAAUACAUAACUUAAAUAAGCCUGUUAUUUCUAUCAGUCAUCAUCCUACUGAUAGUUACAUGUUAAGUGCUUCUGAAGAUGAAAUAAAACUUUGGGGUACUAGAUUAAUGGAAAUGGAACAAUAAACAAU